UCCAGCCUGAAGGGAAAGGAUAUUGACUGUGACCAGUCAAGGAUUAUUCCGCUCUCAUUAUUCUAUGAAUGUGAAUCUGUUUACCUUAUGCUUGGGUGGAAACUUUUCAUUUCGGAUGAAUUUGAUCUUACUGGCCCACUCUGCCACCAAAUUUGGACACGUAAUUCAUUUAGCCAAUGAACUUAAUUGAGGGUUUUUGUAGAAAAAGGCCAGAUUCUGCGAGGAAUUUCCAUUGCAACGACAGUCUAGGCAAAUUUUAUUUCCUGUGUGUGUUUCUUAUUUUACUGAGAGCCCAAGAAGGAAACUGAAUGCCUCUUCAUGUUUUUUUCUAAUUCCAGGAAGUUAUCAGGAAUUUAGUCAAAAGAUAUGUGGCAGCUAUGAUAAGAAAUUCCAAAACAAAUGAGGGAUUAACAGAAGAAAAUUUUAAGGAAUUAAAGCAAGACAUCUCCAGCUUUCGCUAUGAAGUGCUUGACCUCUUGGGAAAUAGGAAGCACCCCAGGAGAAGUUUUUCCACUAGCAGCACUGAACUCUCCUCUCAGAGGGAUGAUACCAAUGAUGGCAGUGGUGGGGCUCGGGCUAAAUCCAAGAGUGUCUCUUUCAAUUUAGGCUGCAAGAAAAAAGCCUGUCACGGGCCACCUCUCAUCAGGACCAUGCCAAGAGUUGGCGGUGCCCAAGGGAAGUCAAAAGCUGAGCCAUCAAGCAAACGCUCCUUCAUGGGUCCCUCUCUCAAGAAACUGGGUCUCCUAUUCUCCAAGUUUAAUGGUCAUAUGUCUGAACCCAGUUCAGAGCCAAUGUACACCAUUUCUGAUGGAAUCGUUCAGCAGCACUAUAUGUGGCAGGACAUCAGAUAUUCUCAGAUGGAGAAAGGGAAAGCAGAGGCCUGUUCUCAAAGUGAAAUUAACCUCAGUGAGGUAGAAUUAGGUGAAGCCCGGGGCGCUGCUCAGAGCAGUGAAUGCCCUCUAGCCUGUUCCAGCUCUCUUCACUGCGCAUCCAGCAUCUGCUCCUCAAAUUCUAAACUUUUAGACUCCUCAGAGGAUGUAUUUGAAACUUGGGGAGAGGCUUGUGACCUGCUCAUGCACAAAUGGGGUGAUGGACAGGAAGAACAAGUUACAACUCGGCUCUAAGUCAAGCCGUUAUCACCUAUUCUGGAACUCAGAAAAUUUCUAAUUUCUUUGCUCUCAGAGGUGACAUAGAAUAUGAUUCCCUCACUGCCCCACCCCCAGAAAGGAGAGUGAAACUCCUAUUACUUUCACCGUCUUUUAUAGCCACAUUCUUCA